CCCCCGUUUGCCCUCUCGACUUGUUAGCGGCCGCUGGUCUAGCCCGGUCCCUAUCACGUGUCCUCGCAACAGCUUCCUCGAACCCCCCUCGCGCGAACCACGGUUGAGAUUGAGCCUAGUUAGCGGGGGCAGGGAGGAGAACGAGCUUUGUUCUUUGGAGCGCGCAGGCGCUGUGCGGAGUCUCGUAGGGGGGUUCAGGGCAGCGGGGAGAUACGCGCAAGUAAGAGUCAGCCUUCAUCGCCGGCGGAGGGGGCUGGGCUCGGCUGCGGCGGGGCUGGGCUCCGCCCCUCAGGACCACCCCUCCACGCCCCUCUGUGUCGCGCAGCGGAGAGGGCGCGGGGAAGCCGGACCGCUGCGACGGGGCCCGCGGCGGCGGAUCGUCUCCCCAUGUUUCCUUGUUCGAUACCGGCGACGGCAACGACUGAGGGGAGCGGCGUCCCGUCGGGGCUGGCUUGGCUGUGGUUGUCCCCCGAGGAGAGAAAGGGCGAGUGCCGUGUGGGUGGCGGAGGCUGCAGAUGCGGGGGACGGGGAGCGCCCCGGGAGCAACCGGAACCAGGAAAACUGCUGGGAUUUAACACAGGCGCUGCCGAGGAAUGUUGUGGCCCUGAAGGAGAAAGAAAGAACAGAGCUAGGGAGAAGACUCGGUUGGGAUACUCGCGAGGAGAGACAGACCUCCGGCUCUCCUAAACUGGUCCCAGAAGGAAGGGAGACCUGCUGCCUGGAGGCUUCUUGGAGACUCGGUGCUGACUUAAGCCUUCCAACUUUUUUUUGUUUGCUCCUGCUUUUUGGAUUUUUGUUGAGAUCUUAUAUUGUUUUAUACACACGUUGCAAAUACCGGUACCUAAGUAUCGCACGCAGUUGCCAACUUUCUUAUAAAUUAAGAUCCCAGAUGGCCAGUUCCCUCAACGGCCGGAACCCAGGUGGCCGAGGAGGAAAUCCCCGCAAAGGACGUAUUCUGGGCUUCAUUGAUGCUAUUCAGGAUGCAGUUGGCCCUCCCAAGCAAGCAGCUGCUGAUCGCAGGACUGUAGAAAAAACCUGGAAGUUAAUGGAUAAAGUGGUAAGACUUUGUCAGAAUCCUAAACUUCAGUUGAAGAACAGUCCUCCUUACAUACUUGACAUUUUGCCAGACACCUAUCAACACUUGCGACUUAUAUUGAACAAGUAUGAUGACAACCAGAAACUUGCACAGCUCAGUGAAAAUGAAUAUUUUAAAAUCUACAUUGACAGUCUCAUGAAAAAAUCAAAACGGGCUAUAAGACUUUUUAAAGAGGGGAAAGAGCGGAUGUAUGAGGAGCAAUCUCAGGACAGGCGAAAUCUCACAAAGCUUUCCCUCAUCUUCAGUCACAUGCUUGCAGAAAUCAAGGCAAUCUUCCCUAACGGCCAGUUCCAGGGUGACAACUUCCGUAUUACAAAAGCUGAUGCUGCAGAAUUCUGGAAGAAGUUUUUUGGGGAUAAAACCAUAGUGCCUUGGAAAGUGUUCCGGCAGUGUUUGCAUGAGGUGCAUCAGAUUAGUUCUGGUUUAGAGGCAAUGGCUUUGAAAUCUACUAUUGAUUUGACUUGCAAUGACUACAUUUCAAUUUUUGAAUUUGACAUCUUUACAAGAUUGUUUCAGCCUUGGGGCUCAAUAUUAAGGAAUUGGAACUUCUUAGCUGUGACACAUCCUGGAUAUAUGGCAUUUCUGACUUACGAUGAAGUGAAAGCAAGAUUGCAGAAAUACAGCACCAAACCAGGAAGCUACAUUUUCAGAUUAAGUUGCACUCGACUGGGACAAUGGGCCAUUGGAUAUGUCACUGGCGAUGGAAAUAUUUUACAGACCAUACCUCACAAUAAGCCUUUAUUUCAAGCUUUGAUUGAUGGCAGCCGGGAAGGAUUCUAUCUGUACCCAGAUGGACGAAGUUAUAACCCUGAUUUGACAGGACUAUGUGAACCCACACCGCACGAUCACAUAAAAGUUACCCAGGAACAGUAUGAAUUGUAUUGUGAAAUGGGUUCUACAUUCCAACUUUGUAAAAUUUGUGCAGAGAACGACAAAGAUGUGAAGAUUGAACCUUGUGGACAUCUGAUGUGCACUUCCUGCCUUACUGCAUGGCAGGAAUCUGAUGGUCAAGGGUGUCCUUUCUGCCGCUGUGAAAUAAAAGGAACUGAGCCGAUCAUUGUUGAUCCCUUUGAUCCCAGGGAUGAAAACACCAGGUGCUGCAGCAUUAUGGAUAGCUUUAGUAUACCCAUGCUUGACUUGGAUGAUGAUGAUGACAGAGAAGAGUCUUUAAUGAUGAGUCGGCUAGCUUCUGUGCGAAAGUGUAAUGAAAGGCAGAAUUCCCCUGUGACAUCCCCAGGAUCUUCUCCACUUGCACAAAGAAGAAAACCUCUUCCUGAUCCUCUGCAAGGGCCUCAUCUUAACCUUCCACCAGUGCCUCCUCGACUGGAUCUCAUUCAGAAAGGUGUUGCUCGAUCCCCUUGCGCCAGCCCUACCAGUUCACCAAAGUGUUCUCCAUGCAUGGUGAGGAAACAGGACAAGCCUCUUCCUGCACCACCACCACCUGUGCGUGAUCCUCCCCCACCUCCACCAGAAAGGCCCCCUCCCGUUCCACCAGAUAACAGAUUAAGUAGACACAUGCAUCAUCCUGAAAGCGUGCCUUGCAGAGACCAGCCUAUGCCACUUGAAGCCUGGUGCCUCAGAGAGGUGUGUGGAACAAAUCAAAUGGUUGGAUGUCGAAUAGUAGGGGGUGAAGCUUCACCAAAACCUGGACUCACAGCAAGCUCAAAUAUGAAUGGAAGGCACUGUCGAAUGAGUUCUGACCCAGGAUUUCUGCGAAAACACAGACGUCAUGAUAUGCCUUUAGAAGGUGCCAAGGUAUUUUCAAAUGGCCAUCUAGGAAAUGAAGAAUAUGAUGUACCAGUUCGGCUCUCACCCCCUCCUUCAAUUGGUGCUGCCCUGCCUAAUAUGAAGUGUCCUGUUUCUGUUGUAAAUCCCCUCCCUGAGAAACCAAGGGAACAUGUAGAAGAUGAUGAGUAUAAGAUUCCUUCAUCCCAUCCUGUACCUUUGACAUCACAAUCGCCUCAUUGUCAUAAUAUAAAGCCUCACAUCCGUGUAUGUGAGAACGGUCAGUGCUCUGGAGCAAUUGAAAUGUACAGUGCAGCCUCUGAAAUGAAAAGACUGAAACAUCCAGAAAUAGGAGAUGCCUUUGAUCCUACAGUUCCAAUACCUCUGCCACCCGCACGGCCUCCUAUCAAGGACAACUUGAAACAUGGCUCAGUACUGAAUAGAACACCCUCUGAUUAUGACCUGCUUGUACAUCCUCUAGAAGAUGCAGUUGACAACCCACCAUCCUCACUUCCUCCGCCGCCACCCCCUGCACGUCACAGCCUCAUUGAGCAAACAAAACCAUUUGGUGCAGGCAACAGACCUUUGUCAGGACACGAACUUUACCUUCCCCCUGCAGAACUUUUAUUUGAUCCAGUAAAUGGCUUAGUUCCCUUGCCUCCAGUUCGAAGGUUAACUGGUGAAAACAUGAAAACCCACAGAACAUCCCAGGAAUAUGACCAGCUUCCGUCUUGUUCAGAUGGUUCACAGGCACCAGCCAGACCUCCUAAACCACUUCCUCGCAGGACUGCUCCAGAAAUACAUCAUAGGAAGGCACAUAAUUCUGGCAUCUCUUCAGAAAACGUUGAUGCGAAAAUUGCAAAACUCAUGGGUGAAGGCUAUUCAUUUGAAGAAGUAAAGCGGGCCCUUGAAAUAGCUGAGAAUAACCUUGAUGUAGCACGGAGCAUCCUGAGAGCAUUUGCCUGCUUUCCUCCACCUACUUCCCCACGCCUUAAUCUAUAGCAGUAUGAAAAGCCAGUUCACCAUGUGCAUGAGUGAGAUCAUGACAUCUGAUGUGAUAUGGGGUUCAAGAGACACUUCUUCGCAAAGCAUCUUCAAAGUGUCAAGGUCUAGCAGUUGUUUGGGUUUUUUUAAAGAACUGCUCAGUUCAAGACACAAGUGGAUUGGAACUUCUGUAUUUUUGCUAGCCAUACUUUUUUGAAUCAGGGUUGAACUGACAAAUAAUUUAAAGAAGUUUACUUCCCAUGAACUUUUAAUCUGUGAAGUGCAUUUUUUCAUGUUUACAGAGUGGUGAGUGACCAUUUUCAGGCUGAUAGUCCUCCUGUGUUGUUCAUAUUUUCUAUUCCUGUGUGGUAUUUUCACAUAUUUUUGUACUGACCAGAAUCAUCAGAGUCAUUUAUUUCUUCCUAAAUGUCCUCUCCAUUUCCAUCCCUUUUUUCAGAAAGCUUUAAUGGUUUUUUGCAUUUCAGUAUCAAGCAAAUGCAGGAAAAAUGUGGCCUUCACUACUGAUAUUUUUUUCUGGUAUACUUUUGCUAUUGUGUGUGAGAGAAAAAUGAAUGGUAAUACAUUGUUUUGUCUUUAUACUGAUUUUCGUAAAGGCAUUUUGACCACGACGAUGGGCAGCUUUCUUGGACAUGUGACCGGCAGGCUUCAGUGCCUAUGUGAUUACAUUAUUAAAAUACGAAUCCAUAUUAAAAUGCAUGAUGCAGUAGUACCACCGAAUAUACAAAGUAAUGUGUAAAUCAUUUCUGGUGCAGAUUUUACAAAUCCAAAUAUAUGUGUUAAAAAUUCUUCAGUUUCACGAUGAAGUUGGUAUUAUUCAUUUAUGUGCUUUUCAUGCCUUGAAUAUCUUCAGGCAUAUUCCACAGAUCCAUCUUACUGAACUAUGUUAGUAAUAGCCUGGUAAAUUACAGUCCUCUCCUCUGGAAAAUGGAUGCAGUUAAUUUCCUGUUUGAGUGAUUAUUUUCCAGUUCAUCACAAGUUUAGGGACAAGUUCAUGUACAGCUGGAAACUUUAAAUCUUGACUGGUGUACUGUUAAGUCUUAAUGCUGCAGUAGCACUAUUUUUUGAAAAGCAUUUAAUUAUGCCACACUGUUACCGUAAGAAUAUUUAGGGCCCAGAUCAGCUGGUCCCACAAUAUCCGCUGUCUUGGAGAUAGCAUAAAAUUUUCUGCCUUGAGUGUCACAGCAGUGUCCUAUACCCUUUAUUUGGAAUUGUUUUUAGAAAUCAUGUCAUCUAGCAUCAUUACAACGUUACAUAGAUUUUUUGAAACUCAAAAACCGACAGCAUGUAUCAUAUGCUGAUAGCAUUUACAUUGAAACCACAAUGAUUAUAUAUCAGUUUUGCUCCGAAACAUCUUUAUAACCGAAUGAAUGUGCGAUGUCCUCACUGAAGCUCUUGAUCAGAAGCAUUUGAUAUAGGAUACUAUUACUAAGCCAGAAUUUAUAAUUAUUUGAUUCAAAAGUUAAUUCUGAAAAAUGGCAAAGCUUCGCAAAACUGAAUAUCACUGUUAAGUAUGAGAAAAUUACUUUUUAAAAACCUGAAGACUUAUUUUAGUACAUAAAUACCUAGUAGCAUACUGCUAAGUUGAAUUGCAUUUUGCCUAGGAAAAAGCUUAAAAGUGUAACUUCUUUUAUUAAACAAAAUUAUUGUAACAAGUGAGCAGACUGAUUCUCAUGCAGCAGUUUCUCCAGUCAUAGCUUUUGUCUGGUUUUUAAAUACAAAGUUUAGGACAAACGGUGAAUAUUUCUCCCUCUGCAUGACAAUUUAAUUUUCUGUUUUUUUAAGUAACAAUUAUAAAUUAUCAUUGAGUGUGGGGUUUCAAUUGUGAAAGAAUUGUACUUAUUUUUGAGGCGAAAUGCUGAUUUAAAUCUUGUAAAUUGCACAAACUAAGGACCAAGCACAGUGUAUCACUGUAUGUUACCAUAACAGAUUUUGCAGCGAUCAUGAUAGAGGUAGACAUAUGACACAUGCUGGAAUUUGUCAUUAAUAGAACAGGUUUGUGAAUAAUCACAUCAUUUGAAUCUGACAGAACUACCAGAUCAUUCUUGAGCAGGUUACAAGAACAGUAUAUCCCAAUGAAGCAUAUUCACACAAAUGCAAGACCUAUUCUGAAAAUUAUCAUGCAGAUGAGAAAAAAAUAUAUAUAUUGAGUGAGAAGUAUCUCUAUUAAGCUAACGGUGAUAGUUACUGCUGUUGGAUUAGUGUUUGUUGUACACAAAUUAGCAGCCUUAAAAAUAUAAGGGGCAAGGAUCUAUUCUCUACAGAGUCCUUAUAUUACACAAAAGAAAGGCUUGUUCAUACAAGUACAUGUUAUAUUGAAGCACACAACCCUGUGCUUGAUAGCACAUAUUCCAAAUGGGUCUAAUUCAUAGCAUUUACAAUAGGUGCUAGGUUAAAACAGAGGAACUGAGAGUACUUGUUCAAGAGUUUUAAUGGAUCAUCCUACCACCCUUUUCACUUCUUUCAGCAUUUCAUUGCAUAGGGGUAAAUUCUGCUGAAUCAAAUGGCAAACCAACAAUGCUAAUAUUUUCAACAAUAUGCAGUUCAAACUAACCUUCAGAUGUUUGUUAAAAUGAGUGAAGAGAAGGGGGUACACCAAAGCAAAAUGAAAGCAAAGAAAUUAAUGGUGCACAGUGAAACAAAUUCUUUAAUUUGUUCUAAAUAUUUUUUAAACCUAAAUAAUUUUUGCAAUUCCUAUGUGUUCCGGAUGCAGUUUUGCCAGAGGAAAUCGUUCAGAUUCUUUUUAGUAAUAUCCCUGUGCAUGCAUUACUUUAAUGCAUUGCCUUAAUGCAUUCAUGGGAAAGUUACUAAAAAGAAUCUGAAAGAUUUCCCCUAACGAAACUGCACACAGAACACACAAAGACUGUAAAAUUAUUGAAGAAUUCAUUUCUCUUUGCACCAUUUGUUAAAAUGUGUGCCGGUAUUAGUAACUUGAUAAAAGUCUUUAGUCAAAUGUCCAUUUUAUCACAAGAGAACACUGAUGAGAAUAAUGUGAAUCGAAUUUGUACCGGAAGCACCAUCACUCCAUAUUGAAGCUUUACUUUGCACUGACCUGGUAAUUGUUUUAAUUUGUGUCUUAAAGCCUGAUGAAUUUGGAAGCAGACUAGUAUAUUUUAAAUCGGGUACCGCCUGCUGACCUGGAACAUAGCGCUUCUAGGGCUGGUUUCUUGAAAGGAUUGCAAUAUUUUUCAUUUUUGAAGGUUUAUUUUCUAAAUAACUAUUUUAUCUGAAAAUGCCUUUUAUAGACUUGUCUAAUGUGGCAAACAUAGUGUUGUGAUCAAUUUAUAUUUUAUUCGGUGUUUUUUUUAUUCUGAAUAUUAUGUAACCUCAAGUAACUUUAUCUGUUCUUGUAAGGUAUUUUAUAAAAAUUAAUGUUAACAGAAUGCUGUGUUUAUCAUUUAUGUUUCAAUUAAUUUGUUUCUCUAAAGUGUUUGCUGUAUGUUAUAAAUAUGAAUAUGCUUUUACAAUGGAUAAAAAUAGACAUGGGGGGUGACUGCUGAUUUUGGUUUUUAUCUCAGGAUCCAAGAUAUGAUCAUGAAUGCCUGUAUGUCUCUAUACCCUGCUUGGGCCACUGAGACAAGCAUUUGGCUACUGGAAACAUUAUUGUGGACCUUAGUCUGACUUGGCAGGGCUUUUAAUUGCAGCAUUUGAUAAUUUUCCCUUGAGUCGAAUUAAAGAGUUGGUUAUUACCCCUAAAUCCUAAAA